AUGACAUCUCCUUUGAUCCAAAAAGAUAUUGCCAAUGCUUGUUAUAAAGAGACCAUUAACGCUAUUCUUGAGGAACUUGGGGAUGAUUAUUUUGCUAUCUUAGUCGACGAAUUCCGUGAUGUCUCUUGUUAUGAUGGAGCAAGCAACGUGCAAGGUCAUAUUAAUGGGCUAAAGACUUUAAUCCAGAAUGAUUGUUCAUCUGCACAUUAUGUACACUGUUUUGUUUACCAACUUCAAUUGACUCUUGUUAAGGUUGCACACAAACAUGUUGAUGUUGAGCGUCUUAUUGAUUUUAUCAAUCUUACAUUGAAUACUAUUGGUGUUUCUUAUAAACGUAGAGAUAAGUUUCGACAAAAACAAGCUGAGAUGGUUGAAAAAGCCUUAUCUGAAGGUGAGCUAUUAAUUGGAAAGGGUUUAAAUCAAGAAGUUGUUCUUCAAAGACCUGGGGAUACUCGUUGGGGUUCUCAUUUUAAAACUUUCUCCAAUUUCAUUCAAAUGUUUUCUCCUAUAGUUAAUGUGCUUGAUGCUCUUGUAGUUGCUAGAGAUGAUGAUAUAGCUAGAAGUCAAGCUAGUUUGGAUGGCAUACAAACUUUUGAUUUUGCUUUCAUGAUUUAUUUAAUGAAAUUAGUAUUAGGGAUCUCUAAUGGACUAAGUCUAUCUUUGCAAAGAAGAGAUCAUGACGUUGUAAAUGCUAUGUCCUUGCUUGGUACUACUAAGAGACGAUUUCAGAAGACUAGGGAUGAAGGAUGGGAAUUUUUGAUGAAUGAAGUGAAAUCUUUUUGUGUACAACAUGACAUUGUGAUAAAUGAUCGGUUAAUGUUUUUUGCACUAUUAUUGAUAUGA